AUGGCUUCGACAUUCGUCAACUGGCUGCGUUCCCCCAAGGCUCGAGAGUAUUUCUUCAGCACACAUUUCUGGGGACCAGUAGCCAACUGGGGCCUUCCAUUAGCGGCUAUUGCAGACCUCAAGAAGGAUGAGGAAGUCAUCUCUGGGCCGAUGACCACUGCUCUGGCAUGCUACUCUAUGGUCUUUAUGCGUUUCGCAUGGCGCGUCCAACCUCGGAAUUACUUGUUGUUUGCGUGUCACGCCACGAACGCGACCGCUCAGUCCGUGCAAGGCGCAAGAUUCGUCAACUACUGGUACAUGGGCGGCAAGGAGAAGAAGGAGCCAACAGGUGUCGAGAAAGUGAAGGGGGAGAUCAAGGAAGCCGCGGAUAUGACACGAGAAGAGGCCAAGAAAGUAGCAGCAGGGCCAGCCAAAUGA